CAGAAAAAUCACAGGAAAGGAACACAGAUUUUAAAUAAACAUUUUGUAAUGGUGCUUUGGACAAAUAAACAACUGAUUAGCAAUAAUAUGCAUCUUUAAGUGUAGCUCAUUGUAACUGAAUCAAAGUGAAGUGUUAACAGUUUGGUUUUUCGUUCGUUUUUUGAUAUUUUAAAAUUGGUGUAAACGCAGUGACACACUCAUCGCAGCAAAUAAUUUUUUGUAGAGAAAAUUUGAAUUAUUGAAAACCAGUUGAUUGAAAACAAACCGAAAAUAUGUAUAAAACGAUCCGUCAUGGCGAAAACAGUUUACAAUAUACAAUUUUGCCGCAGCAUGACGAUUACAAGGGGGCGGAUGGGAAGCAACGACCUGCUAAAACUGGUCGUAAGAAAAAAUCACUGGUGGCAUGCAUAGGCAUGUUUUUCGUUUGUUCGAUAAUUGUUGGUGCUAUUCUCGUGCCGCUAAUGAUUUCCGUUGAAUUUAUGUCAAGUCCAUCGGCAUGGUUUUACAAGGCGCAUAAUAAGACUAGCACCAGUGGUAGUAACAUUAAACCGCUGAAAGUAAAUAAGACAGAAAAGUUCAAAGUGGAUAUAGACAGCAAUGAGAUACUUUCAUUCAACCAGCAAAAUAAGCAACAAGUCUAUUCAACGAAAUACAGUACAACAGUUACAUAUCUUCCGAAGUCUACAGAGUUAGAUUCGAGUACAAUUGUUCAAAAUAGGGCAAAUGGCUUGCCCCAGUCGAUUAAGACUACCCCAAGUACAACAACAACAACAACAACAACGGCAAAAUCAACAAUAACAUCAACAUCAACCGUAGCUGCAGUAACACCUACUACAAGUACAACCACCGAACAACCAUUGCGUCAGACAACAUCAACCGUUCAACCGGCAAUUGUUCUCACAACAACUUCCACUUCAAUGCCAACAGCACUGAAAUCACCACCACCAUCUGCGUCUCUCAUUGAAAACCUGACCAAACCGUUUGCUAAACCGAUUAUUUCCAUUCAACCAGAAUUCAACGACAAAACACCAACAAACACCGUAGACAUUGUGGAAAAACACAAAACACCCAGGAACUGGAUCAAAUCACAUUGGCCCAUCGUAGAUCCAUCCACGUAUUUCUCAUGGUCCGCAUAUGAAUCCGGAGACAAUAUAUUGUUUCCGGCAAUAUUGUGUUCUGCAUUCGUGACUGUUGUCGUUGUGAUACUUUUAUGUUUCGUCGUGGGAAAGCGGAACUGUUUACCUUGCUCGAAAAAACGACAAGAUUUUAUGGCUGUUGAAGCAGAAAAUGGAGACAGUGCCGUACUCCUGACAAAUGAUUGCCCAUCUGAAGACGAGUAAAUUGAAUAUACAAGGCGAUAUAUAAACAUUUGAAAAGAAAAAAAAAUCUUUCUCUAAUUUAACUUUUCACUAAAAAGUAGAUUUCUGAAGAACUUACACCACCGCAUUAUUCGCAUAAAUAAUUACGUUCCUUAAUCGUUAAAAUGUUUUUUUUUUUUUUUCUUACUUUUGUAUUUAAACAUUGGUAGUAGUGACAGUGUCUAUAACCGAAUUCUAUUUUUUGUGUAAAUUUUUACAGUGAGUAAUAUCGUAAUUCGAGCGCGCAUUGAGAAGUUGGAAUAUUACCCACGGCCCAUCAGGGCUGAAAUACUGAAAUCCCAGAAAAUUACCGAAAUUUACCGAUAACUUACCGAUAUUGUUUGUCGGAAAAGUUCGGCGAAUUUCGGUUAUUUCAAUUAUUUCAGCAAGUAAAUUCUUAAAAAUAGGCCCAGUUCCAUAGCUUAAAAGUUGUUAGAAAGCAUUGGCUGAAUACUAGGACUUUGAAAUAAGUGAUGAUACACGCAUACGAGCCCGCGUAGAGAGAGACAACUGUAACAUACACAUCAAAAAAGUGUACAAUUUAUUGAUGGAAGUGUGGAUAUGUUGGAACUUAAAAAAAAACAAUCGAACACAUGAAUUUCUUGCUAACAAAAUUGAGUUGAUUGUAUGAGUGGAUCUGGUGAAAAUCAGCUGAAAGAAAAUGCAUCACUCAUUUAAAAGUCGACAACUCGAAAAUAUCUGGAAGAAUAGGCAACGGUGAAUUUUGAACCUCCCAUGAAGUUCGUGUAUUAUUUCAAGACAAAAAUUAUGUGUAGAUUGAAGAAAAAUGUCAGAUUUUCUCACUCAAAAACCUUUUUCAAUAAUACUAUUGUCCACUAUUGUCUAGUUUGAAUUUAUUGACCAACUGUCAUUUAUUGACUAACUGUCAUUUAUUGACCAACUGUCAUUUAUUGAUCAACUGUCAUUUAUUGACCAACUGUCAUUUAUUGACCAACUGUCAUUUAUUGACCAACUGUCAUUUAUUGACCAACUGUCAUUUAUUGACCAACUGUCAUUUAUUGACCAACUGUCAUUUAUUGACCAACUGUCAUUUAUUGACCAACUGUCAUUUAUUGACCAACUGUCAUUUAUUGACCAACUGUCAUUUAUUGACCAACUGUCAUUUAUUGACCAACUGUCAUUUAUUGACCAAUUGUCAUUUAUUGACCAACUGUCAUUUAUUGACCAACUGUCAUUUAUUGACCAACUGUCAUUUAUUGACCAAUUGUCAUUAAUUGACCAACUGUCAUAUAUUGAUCAACUGUCAUUUCUUGACCAAUUGUCAUAUAUUGAUCAACUGUCAUUUAUUGGCAAAACUGUCAUAUGACAGCCUGUCAUAUAUUGAUAAACUGUCAUUUAUUGACCAACAAUGUUAUUUUAUUGACCUAUUGUCAUUCAUUGACCUACUGCCAUUCAUUAACAUACUGUCACUUAUGGACCUACUGUCAUUGUUCUACCGUUAUUUCUACGUCCAACGACAAUCGAGCAUAAUAUUGACUCGGUCGCUAUUAUCUGCAGAGAUCAGAAGAGUAUGUUGUUCGUAGACUCAGCACAAAUUUUAGAUUUAGACCACAGUGGUCGACUGACAAGAACAAAGCGUAGUAUUCAGCCAAUUUGUUUUGACAACAACUACUUAAAGAAAGGAAACCAUUGACUGGAUUUAAGACUUUGCGGACUUUGCUCACUGUAAUCACACAUACACAAAAAAGAAGAUAUUUUAAGUUCUCAAUUGAAGAGUUAUGGAAUUUUAAGUUUAAAUAAGUAAUUAAGAUGAAAAAAAACUGUGAUUGGUAGAAUUUCAGAUAAAAAAAGAAAAAAAGUUUCCAAUGCUAGAGAGAAGUAUUUUAAUUUAUUAUUUUUACACCUUAGAUAUUAGAAAGACAAUUGAAAUAAUAUGCUUCUUAAAAUUGAUGAUAAAUUUAACCUUAAAAAAACAUAUUUCAUGUCGUGUGCAAUAUGAAAUUUAUAGAAUAUCUUCGUAGAAUAAAAAGAAAAACUAAUAUUUUUUAAUAAAACUACUGAAUCAAUAUGAAAAAUAUAUUUUCGAUAUAAUUUAAGUCUAUUGAAUGUAGUUGAAAUAUAAUUCUAAAAAUUUUCCGUUUAUUUUUGUAAUCUAAUUUCGGCUAAUUAGAGAAAUUAAGAAAUUUGAAGAAACCUAUCAGUAUAAUUCGCUUUAAUAAAAUUAGUUUUGCUCAAUCACGACAUACCGGUAAGCAUAUUUACCAAAAACAAUUAACAAAACAUUUCGUUAAAAGUAAAAUUUAUCUGACAUUUAUAAUACCAAAAACGAAUUCGCCCUCACUAUAAAAUGUAAUAAGUUAAUAAACAACAGAAAUGGUGGGUUUGAAGUGUUCCACAUAUAUAGGUAAUUUCUGUUGGGCUGAUUAAUUUGAAACUUUUCCGUUGAAGCAACAAGUGGCCAGAGGACUUUUCAUUAUCUAAAACUCUCGUCUAUUGAUACCAGUGGAAUUUUAUUCUUUUACUGAUUUAAAUUGAUGAUGACGCCAUAUUUCCAAAAAAAAAUUGAGAGAAAUGAUUAAAAGUUGUAAAAGUAGUGAAGUAAUUGGUAUCAGAGCCUAUUAUUGAUAAAUUCAUUUACCGAAUUUCCAGAAAUUAUGUAAAAUUUUUGGUAACUUUCAGUAAACUUUGUUAAUCUUUGGUAAGUUCGGUUAACAAAUUUACCAAUAAUUGGCCCUCUGGUAUCCAGUGGUGUUUUCGAUUAGCUCACGUCUAACUAUUUUUAACCCGUUUGGGUUUGAUGUGAUUCCCCCCUUUUGCACUCUUUCGUUUCCGAGGCCGAAACAGCUACUGGCGAAUUAUCUAUUUGUUCUAAUGACUAUACAAGAGCUUUAAUCGAUCGAAUUGUGCUCGAAAAUGUUGCGUAGAUACAGUAAUCUUUAUGAAAUCGCAAGCGCGUCGUCAUAUAUAACAAUUUCCACAAAAUCUUUUACUUCAUUUGUCUUAACAUUAUCAUAAUGGUAAUUUUACUAUAUUCGUCAGAGCUAAUCGUUUAAUUUUAUUGACAACAUAUGACUCACUGGAAUUCGACACAAUUUGUUUCAACUGGAAAGAUAAUAAAAGUGAAAUUAAAAUUAAAAUCUUGGCACUUUUACGUUUUUUUUUUAAUGUGGAACACACAAGAGGAGGAAUGGCUGAAUAUAAUUAGUUCUUAGUUCACAAAACUAUUGAAACCCACAUGUAUCCACUUCCAAACAAUUAAUAAAAUAUUUAAAAAUAAAAAUGAAGAAGAAAUCCUUAUAAUCCACCAAUGUAGCCCAAAACACUUGCAAUUGCCGUAAAAAUCUAUUUAUUCAAACUGAAAGCUUUAAGCGACACCGCUACACAGUAUAUGAUUUGAAAGCCAUUUUUGAUAAUAAAAACAUCAGACAGAUAUAUAUAAUAUUACGAUGGCUAUUAUGUAAAACAAUCAAAAAAUCUUUCAAGCUGAAAACGCUGAAUAAAAUGGAAAUCAGAGGGAAACGAUUCCACUAUUUGUUGAAAUUAACUAUCAAAAUAUUGAAAACAUACGAGAGCAUACAGUUCGUAACUGAACAUUUAAACAAAAAAAAAACAUUUAAAAAUUCAUGUUAUAUACGCAGAACCAAUAAAAAAAACACUGCUGACUGGCCUAUUUUAUUAGUUGUGUCUGAACGGAGGUCGGUCAACAGAUAGACUUUACUUGAUGUUGAACAUAAACUAAUUAUUGAGAAAAUAAAAAUUUAUUGUAAACAGAACACGUAAACUGUUGUGUGUUGGUAUAUUGAUGUACUGCAUGAUGAAAUUAGUUAGAAAGAAUUUAAAACUUUGAAUUGUAAACCAAAUAUCAACAAAAAGAAAAACCAAAAGUUAUGGAAAACUUAAACUAAUAGAGAAAAGACAUAAAAAUAUUUAGAAAAAAAAGUAAAAACAUAAAGGCGAUUACACACUUUAAAAACGAUAAUAUAUUAUAAAUGUCUGAUGUGUCACCCAAGUUAUACCAUAAUUAUACCAACUUAUUUUAACUUUUUUUUUUAUUCAUAUAAAUUUAGUUAAAAAGAAUUUUUUUUUUUUAAAUCCUCAAACAAUCAAAAGAUUUAGACGAUCAUUAAGAUAGGAUGCUGACACUGCUAAAUCAAAUUAGGGAUAGAAGUUUUCACGUUUUCACGAGUUAUAGUUAAUCGUCGUGAAACAUUAAUGUAAUUUGAUACAUCCCGACCCGACCAGCAACACGGAAAUGCCCAAAUCUUUUCGCACAAAGUUAUUCUAAGUUAAAAUUUGGUCUAAAAACAGGCCCGCAAUGGCCAUAUGGACUAAUUUGGCAAAUCCCGAUGCGCUCUGCCUUUUUUACUUAAAAUUCAUGUAUUCCUCUUCCGAGUAAAAUUGGCUCUCUCUACUGAGUUUAAGGAUCCCCUAAACAGAAUGCCCGACGCGCCUUCUGGUAGCCAGUCUGGGUCUGUCUAAAAUUCAAACUUAAAAAUUUAAUUUUACACGAAAUAGAGACCCGUUAAAUAUUUUCUCAACGACCCCAUGCGAAAGUUGACUAUUACGUGGUAAUUUGCCCCCUUCGAAAAUGAUACAUUCCAUGAAUAAUAUUUUCGGUUCAUUUUACGAGAAUUCAUUUGGGAUUCAUUAAGUUGGUUCAUACUAAAAAAAAUACUUUGACAGCUUUAUAAGUUGUAAAAGUCGUCGAUAGUCAAUUUAGUGUUUCCAGUCAAUGAUAUUUUGGCGCAAAAUUUGUAUACGUCUCAGCGAAUUCAAAUUUUCUGCUAAAAUAGACUGUGAAGCCCUUAAUUGACUGAGAACAUCGAUGACUUUUAAAACUCUGAUAUAUCUGAAAUUGUGUUUUUGGAGAUGAACACAUUGUAGGGAGGGAGUACAAUUGCUAAAAGUUUCCAAUGUGCAGACUGAGCACCAGCUGGUGUACAAACAAAAACACUUUGUAUUGUAAACAAUUCAAAGACAACCAACACACAGUGUAUUUCGACGUUAACGCGCGCACAUACCACGUAUGAAUGAAGUAAAAACAUGUUAAGAAUGUGUUUUGAUUGUUUAUCAUAAAAUAAGUGUGUUCAGCUGGUGCUCAUUCUGCACAUAGUACACUUUUAACAAUUGUAAGUUGAUAUACUUUGUAUGGAAAAGUUACUUCUUGUUUUCAAGUUCUACGUUAACUUAGAUAAAUUAGAUGCUGCUGCUUAGAUGCUACUACGUAAUUCAUCAGCUUGUGAUGAUACUUAUAAAGUCGUUCGUGUGUUUUUGAGCAAUUUGAUUCGGUAACAAUUUAUCGACAAGGGUAGAGCUGGUAUAUUCAAGCCGAAGGCGGCAAAAAGACACUUACCGUUACUGUUUCGAUAUUCCGAUUUUAGUGGCAUCAAGUUAGAAUAAUUCUUUACGCCGAUUAAAAAUACCUUGUGAAAACUUCUAUCCCUUUUAUUUAGAUCACAAAAGCAUCGAAAUCUUUCGUUUAAAAACAAAAUCGUUUAAAAAUCAUCAAAAUUCACAACAAUUUCGACAAUAUUUUUCAGCAAAAUAUACAAGUUGCACCUUAACAUGAUCCCAGCUUUUCAAAGUUAAAAA